AUGGGGAGCGCUGCCUCUACCGAUGUGAAGAAUGCCAUGGAGGGCAAGUCGACUGAAGAGAUCGUUGCUGCUCUGAAGGAGCUUCCCACAGAUCAACUCACCAAGAUCAAAUCCGCUUUGGAUGGCGGCUCCUCUGGUCCUUGCCCGGGACCAGUUGACUGCGGCAAGAUCUCCGUUGUGGCCAAGGACUACAAGGGCCUCAUGGAGCAGCCAAAGGAGCCCAAGUUCAAGGGCGCCUUGUGCCAGAUCUUCGUUCGGAGUCAGCCCUACGGAGGCUCGGACAAGAGCAACAAUGGUCAUCGGUACGACUCGGUGCCGUUUGCAAAUGGCAUGAUCACCUCUGGCAUGAGCUGUCAACUGAUUCACUACACGCACGAGGAGCAUGAGACUUUCUUCGAUGUGUGCAAGAAUUUCAACUUCAUUAUCGUGCGUUGCAAUCCAGGCCAGAUCAAGGCUGAUGGAGGCGACCAGCAGAAGUUUGAUGAUGGCAUGCGCGCCUUACGCAAGACCGGUAUCCAGGUCUGGCCUUCCCCGGAUGUCAUGGAGAAGAUGGGUGCCAAGGAUGCGCUGUGCAAGGUGGCCACGCUGAAUAUCGGCUUGGAAGACACCCUGGCGUACUACUCGCCCGAAGAAUUUGCGGCUGGCUUCAAGAAGACCAUGGCGUUUCAGCCGCGCGUGAUCAAGCAGAACCGCGGCUCCUCCGGUGAGGGCAUCUGGAUCAUCAAGUUGAAGGACGGCAACUACUGCAAGGAGUACGGCGAGCGCUGCUGCGAGGAUGGCGAGAAGCUGUCCUUGAUGGAGGCCAACGACAACCACGAGGAGGAGCAUACCGUGGCAGAGUUCGUCGAGUUCUGCGUAAGUGGCCGCAACGAUAAGUCCGGAGAAUGGACCUCCAAGGGCGUGGGCAAGUACUUGGAGGGCGGCAAAGACGCAGGUGGCCAGCUUGUGGAUCAGCGCUUCUGUCCACGUAUCGUGGAAGGUGAGCUGCGCUACAACCUGAUUGUGGAUUCCCUGGUGGGCAUUAUCCACAAGAAGCCCAAGGAGGGAGGAAUCUCUGCAGUGGGUGGAACCGGUUCCACCUACACCUACUAUGGUCCUGAGGAGAAGCUCUUCGAGAACCUGACCACGAACUUCCUGAAGAAGGACCUGCCGCACGUCAUGCCUGCGCUGGAUUUGGCCGAGGAGCCCGUGCCUCUGUGGUGGACCACUGACUUCAUCAACUCCUCCCCGGAAGGCACGAAGACCGAGGACGAGAAAUGGAUCGUGGGCGAGUUCAACUGCUCCUGCGUCGGCAUCUCCCGUUGCCUGGCUGCCUACUGCAAGGACGACACGCCCAACGCCUGCUUUCACGACAUCUCAGAGGAGGAUAAGGCGGAGGCCAAGAAGUAUGGGGACCUCAUGGGAGAAAAGGCCUUUGGCAUUCUCUCGAAGUGA